AUGGAUGCCUGCGCUCUGAACUCGAUGGAGGUGAAGGCCAAGCCGGCGAGGGGAGGGAAGAGCGGCAGGGGGAGCGGCGGCAUGGCCGGGGUACUGCUGGAGAAGAAGGAGUCGGAGAAGGAGAGGAGGAAGCGCAUGAAGGCGCUGUGCGAGAAACUCGCAUCCCUUAUCCCAAGAGAACACUGUUGCUGCAACGCUGAUACAAUGACCCAGCUAGGCAGCCUGGAUGCGGGAGCGUCAUACAUUAAGAAGUUGAAGGAGAGGAUCGAUGAACUACAACAUAGGAGGAGCUCUAUACAAGCCUUGGAUACCAUAAGAGGAGAUACUAGCAUUCCAACGCCCACCACCAUCACUAUCAUGAGCAGCGGUGCAGGGUCACCAGAAGAAGGGAAAGCUUGGGAGGAAUUAGCACCGGUAUUGCAGGUGCGAGAACACAACGGUUCAACGAUGGAGGUGAGGUUGAUAUGCUGCAUGGAGAGGCCGAUCAAGCUCCACGAGGUGAUCACCAUCCAUGAGGAAGAAGGUGCAACGAUUGUCAAUGCCAAUCACUCUAUUGCUGGCCACAAAAUGGUCUAUACUAUACAUUCUCAGGCCUUCAGCUCUAGAAUUGGCAUAGACGUUUCAAGGGUUUCUGAGCGAUUGGGAGCCUUGGCACUACCAUGCAUGCACGGCAAUCAGGUCCUCAGGUACACCGACCAGUCCAAUGUGUCUCCUCCCAAGGAGCUUGUCAGCAACAAUGAUAUAGGUGGAACCGAGAAGGUGUCACACCCCGAGUGUGAAACAUUGGUUGGGCAAGACCAAGCGAUGUGGAGUUCCAUGCUUGCGUCAAUAUCACCUGAAAUAUUCAAGUAG